AGUCAUUUGAAACUCCCCACUGCAUGAGGAGCCUAGUACCUUUCAGUGUAUCAGAUUGGAGGCCAUUUGUACAGCAGUCUUAUCAGAACAAGUAUGAACAUGGAAGUACAGUUAACAUGAGGGAACGUGUUUUGAAGGGCUGAAAAAAGAAGAAGACAGAUUAACACACAGGAAGUAGGAAGUGUGAUCUGCGAUAUCUCUACUUUGUGUGUUUGAGUGUGUGUCAAUGUAUGUGUGUAUGUGUUCCAGCUAUGUGUGAAAUGAAACACUGACCGGUGAUAUGAGUUAAGGACAUAAGGACCAUGUCUCUGAAACUACCUCGCAACUGGGACUUCAGCACCUUCAAGGCUGAGACAGCUCGAAUAGCACGAUCCAAGAGUGUGAUACCUGGAGAGGGAGGCACCAGCCCAGGGUCACCACGCUCCUCCAGGCACAUGGAGAGACCGCUGAAGGCCGGCUGGCUCAAGAAACAACAGAGGAGUUUAGUCAAGAACUGGCAGCAGCGUUAUUUUGUGUUGAGAGGAAGCACUCUGACAUACCAUAAAGAUGACAAGGAGACCACUGUUCAGGGAAUCAUCCAGCUGCGGUUCAGUAAAGUUAAUGAACUUCCUCUCAGCUCUGAUGACCCUGGGAAGUACCUCUUUGAGAUCAUACCACGUACAACUGGAGACAGAGAGCGAUGUCCCUAUGUGUUCAUGGCAAACUCCCAGAGUGACAUGGAGGAGUGGGUUCGCGCUCUGCGCAGGGUGAUUGGAGUACCGUCAAGUGGAGUGUUUGGAAAGAGUCUCAUGGACACAGUAACAUAUGAGCAACGUUUUGGAUCUCACAUGGUUCCAAUCCUGGUGCAGAAGUGUGUGGAGUUCAUCAAAGAACAUGGCUUGAAUGAGGAGGGCAUCUUCCGCCUUCCGGGUCAGGACAAUGCUGUCAAACAGUUCCGAGACGCCUUUGAUGCAGGAGAGAGGCCCUCCUUUCCCAGUGACACAGAUGUCCACACAGUGGCAUCACUGCUCAAACUGUACCUGCGUGAGCUGCCUGAGCCUGUGGUGCCCUGGACUCAGUACCAAGACUUUCUGGACUGCACCAACAUGCUGGACUCCAGUAGCACAGAGUCUCUUGCUCAGGGUUGGGAAAAGCUGGAGAAACAAAUCGCUAUUCUCCCCAGAGUCAACUACAACCUUCUCAGUUAUGUCUGCCGGUUUUUGUUUGAGGUGCAGCUGCACUCUAACGUGAAUAAGAUGAAUGUGGAGAACUUGGCUACAGUCAUGGGGAUCAACUUGCUCAAACCUCAGCUAGAAGACCCUGUCACUGUGAUGAAGGCGACUCCUCAGAUCCAAAAGUUGAUGACAGAGAUGAUCAGGCAGCAUGAGACUCUGUUUCCUCUCUCCAAAGACGUGCUUCCAUCCCCCCCCUUAAAGAAGCCUGAAAGCCAGAAGAACACUCCCCGAAGCUUUGUUGGCUGGGAGUCUGCAGAGAUGGCUGAUGCAUCUCUGUCUGAGUCUCCAGAAGAGGAGGAGGACAAUGACAGCCCGGGACCAGAGAGAGGAAACUUAAUCUCUAAAAACGCGCCUCUCUCACCUUCCACAGAUGACUGGCUUGGAAGUCCCCGCAAAAGAACUCAGACUCUGCCCACCUUCAACUGCCCCCUCACUGGGAUGGCAGCCAAGACAGAUGCCCUCAACCGAUGGAGUCGCAUCCAGGAGAGCGUGGAGGAGAAAAGUGGGACAUUGUCUGAGGAUAUUUUUAAGAUUCUAGAGCUUCGGAGUUCAGGUUCACUAUUCGGGGGGUCUCAGAUCAAUAAUAAGGAAGGAGAGGAUAGGUUAACAGCUAGGAGAGGAAGUGACAAUACAGGUUCUUCUACUACUGGCGACCAAAAACCUAACAGUGAUUCCCGGCCUGCUCCAGUGUUAUCUCAUCAAAAGAGUGAAGGGAACCUCACAGUGAGUGUUUCAGUUCAGCAGGUCAACAGCAGGUCUGAGCAGAUGAAAGACAGCGAGCAGAUAAUAGAAAGUCUGCAGCGGGAGAACAAGGAGCUGAGGGCCAAAGUAGCGGAGCUCCAGUCUGCUCUGGAGGUAGAUCACCGCCAUGUGGCCGCUCUGGAAAUUUGUCUGAGAAAUGCUGAGCGCAGCCGAGAUGAGGCCCAGCGACGCAACAAAGAGUUGCAAAGAGACAUUCAGCAGUUCCUCGCCAGACAGCUACAAGCUCCCACUUAAUAGUCAUUUUCAGACUCACUGGUAUAUGGAUUUAUGAAUUUUUUUUGUCAACAAAGCUAAUCUCACAUGGACUGGUUAUGGGAAAUACUAUUGUCCUCCAGUGGAACACUGAAUUGUUUCAAUUUGAGCCCUGUUUUGUCCUGAAGAUAAAUUAUUAGCUCAUUUGUGCCUAUGAAUAGAAAAUAGUCUGUCAAGAAUAGACUACCACUAUUCACAUUAAAGACAUUAAACAUAA